AUGGCGUUCAAAAAGUUCGACGCAGACGCCAUCCUAACUGAUCGAUCACUCCCAGAUGUUUAUCGCUCACUUUUCGCAUUGGCCCAGGAGUUCGCUAUCCUGGGCCACAUCGAAACGGCCAAAACCAUGAUAUCUAUUCUCCUCUCAGAAUACACCUCCGAUUGGCAGCGGCGCCAGAUCCGAUACCUGAGACUUGCCUUUGCGGAAGCAAACCAGUGGCCAGAGGAAAUUCCCUCGGACGAGAGAACCGAGGAAGCGCUGAACAAGAUCGAACCGCAGAUGCCACCAAAUGUCAACUAUGCAGCCCUAGAUUCUCAGAAUGAUGCUGCCAAGCUGGAGAUGUUGUUGAAACAUGCCGACGGUGAAGAUGCGACCACAGGCGGUGGGGCGAUGCAGCGCAGCAGUACACUCGCAGAUGCCUUGGUCGUCGCUAUCCGAAUCGCGUCAGAACAUGCUUCGUCUUUGGAAGGAAUUGAAAACCACCAAAAGGUCCAGGAGGUUCUAGGCCACAUCUCGAAAAGGCUAUCCGCAAAUCAGCAGAUUCAAUACCUCACCGAGCGCCGAAGCAUCUGGCCUCUUCUUUUAUCGGGGGCGUUGUCUCGAAGCAUCCCGGUGGACACCAACAAAGUCAACGCCCUCGCUAAAGAAGCCAUCGAAACAUUCACCGAGCGUCUCAAGAAUGGCCGAAAAUCACAUCCAGUUGAAACUAAAUCGAUCAAAGAGCUUCUGAUCGAGCUGGAGCGCAACACUGUGGCAAAUGUUGAAAGAGACGCUCUCGAAUUUGGCGGGCAAGUUCCCGAAUCCCUUUUCAUUCUUCCACCAGCCACAGACGACCAAAUAUCUACCCUUGAGCACAAGCUCAAUGCCAAGUUGCCAAGCGACUACAAGGAAUUUCUCAAACUUAGUAACGGAUUCGGUGGCACAUGGAACGGGUACUACCUCGACCCUCCUCUCGAUGGGGUUGACGACAUUGAUUGGGCAGAUGUGUAUACUGAAGAUGCGCCCAUUGAGUUGCAUGAGACUCCAACUGGAAAUUUUGACCUAGAUCCGUCCGAGGAGGGUGAAUGGCCAAUCUACGAGAAAGCUCUGCAGCUUGGAACGGAGGACAUAUUUGAUAUCUGGUUCCUGCCACCACAAGAAACCAAGAAGGCACUCGAGGCCUACAGGCAAGUAUUGAAAAGUCCGGAGGUAUCAGAAGAGAAAAGGGCUCAAACGCUGAAGCUGAUAACUUCGAAAUAUGGCAGUUGGGAGGCAUUUGAGAAGCUGGAAUGGGUCGUGGUGGAGAUGAGCCACGGUGAAGACACGUCUUGUGGCAGCUUUACUCAGUUCCUGCAGGAGAAAGUGAACAGAUCCGCGAAAGGAAUGUGGCAAGGAGAAGGUGAGAUUGAAGAAGGCUGUUUUGCUUACAGCUGCAAGCCUAGUGGUAACUAG